UUUAGAGAAUUUUCAACGCGUUAUCUCCAAUUGGAUAAACUUCUGCACAAACUCCAAAAAUCCAACUCCAUAUAUAUAGACGUACUACCUGAUAUCUUUCUUGAUUCAAGACGUUCACCCAGAUUUUUCUACACAACCCAUUUCGUGUUCUCGGGAUUCUGAUUCAAUCUUUUGUGGGUUUCAUCAAUUUCGUUUUGCGCUUUUGAUCCAAUCUUUUGUGGGUUUCUCCUGAAUGUUUCAGGUUUCAGAUUACCCACCCUUCGCUCAAUUGUUGUGCACGAUCUUCCUAUUGCAAGAGUUCAUAAAUCUUGGUCUGGGUCUUUUUAUAAGCAAAAUGGCUUCUUUGAAGCCCGAGGUCCUCACGAAACUUCUUGAAGACAUGAACGAAGAGGAAAAGGGGGAUGAAGAUGUUCGAAAGCCGGUCUUGUUGCAAAUAAGAAGCAUAAUUCCUGUGUUGGAAGAAGGGGAUCUUUGGCCUAAUAGAGGGUUUUACUUAAAAGUUUCAGAUUUAUCGCACGCUAUGUAUGUAUCUCUACCUCAUGAACAAGAUGAAUUGAUUUUGAGCAACAAAUUGCAACUUGGUCAGUUUAUAUAUGUGCAGAAAUUGGAGGCUUCGUACCCGGUUCCAGUGCUCAGAGGUUUGAUGCCUGUUCCAGGUCGACAUCCUUGUGAUGGAGCUCCACAGGAUAUUGUGCCUGUGACCAAUUUGGUUAAGUUUCUUGGGGCAUCUGAUUCAGAUUCAAUAAAGGAAAAGGGCGUUAUUUUCGAGAAAAAAACAAUAACUCGCGGGUUAUCUGAUUCAGAGUCUUUAUUGGAUAAUAAUAGCAGUGGUUAUGGGGAGAGAAGGGAUCACGGAAAGUUACGUUCUUUGAGUGCUUUGAAAGGUCAGCCUAGUGAACAGAGAAGAGGAGUGAAUUGCAUAUCGAAAGGAUGUGAAAAUGAUAAGAUAAACUCGGAUAGUUUGAAGGGGUAUCGGGAUUCUGGUGAUAAUGAUAGUGAUUCUGAGAGUCCUAAGUCAUCUGUGUCGUCCACACAGAUAUCAAAGAGAAGAAGCUGGACAGAAAGAGAACUUUUGGAUGUUAAGGAAAUUUUUGACUCCUCAGUUGCCAAGCAUGAGACAAAGCCAAGGGCGCGUUGUCGCAGUACUUGUGCUUCUCCCGUUCGUUCCACGAGGUAUGACAGCUCCGAGGACAAUUCUACUUCUACAACAAGAAGAAGAGUUGCCGGUUCUACCACAAAUGUAGUAAAAAAUUCUUCCAGAGGCAAGUCCACUGCUCCAAAGAUAAACUGCAAUGAGGAGACCUUAUAUACAGAAAAAAUGUUUGCAGCAGUCGAUGAUACAAAAGUGGCAGAAAGUAGAAUUUUGUGGGACUCACUCCCGUCAAGCCUAGCAAAGCUUGGCAAGGAGAUGAUAAGACACAGAGAUGUUGCUUUGCAUGCUGCUGUUGAGGCUCUGCAAGAAGCUUGUGCUGCUGAUAAAUUGGUCAAAUGCCUAAGCACGUACUCACAGUUCCAUUCAUCAAACGGGGAUGAUCCACAACCAACCAUUGACAGGUUUUUCAAUCUCCAAGAUGACUUGGCUCAGACCAGAUUAGUAGUCCAAUCACUAACAAACAUCACUCCACUCAGAACAUCCGAUACUGAUAUCAACACCACCGGCUCAGUCAAGGAAGUGUUGAAUCUAGCAGUCGAAAGAAAGAAAAAUGCAACUUCAUGGAUCAAAUCAGCAAUAGCAUAUGAUCUCUCCCCAUGCACAAGCACAACAAAUGGCGCCAACACAGUGAAGAAACCAACUACAGCUACUAGUCGGGUUACAAAACCAAAAACAGGAUGUGUAAUUAAGAAGCAAAGGAAGAAUGUUGAGAUUUCAGUUGGAAUGACAUCUGAUAAGGAUAAACCAACGGAUUGGGUGAGAGGAACUACUUUGACCGGAGCUGCUGAGUUGGCUAAUGUCUUAAAUGAAGAAAGCCGGAGAUCUUUCAUGGGUUAUGUUGAGAAAUUUUUGGAUGAGGUUGAUAGUAGAACUUCUUGUAUUGACUCACAUAGCCGGAUAGCUGGGAUGAUGUAUCAGAUCAAGAGAGUGAAUGACUGGUUGGACAUCGUCAAUAAAGAGGCCAAUUCGAAUUCCACCAUGGGGAAUUGUGAAAUAGAAACUUGUGGAAGGAUGAAGAAAAAAAUAUAUGAGGUCCUACUGAAGCAUGUCGAAAGGACUGCCAUGGCGUUGGAAAACAUGAAGGUGGUCGAUCAAGAUUGAGAAUUUGAAGAUUUUAUCAGAUUUUUUUGUUAAGUCCUGUACAUAGGCUUGAAAGUGAUUGUGAGUAACUAAUCAACAAGAGAACUUAUAAACUGUUGAUAAAUACAUAUACAUUAUUAUUGAAAGCUUUGCUCUUAUUUCGCUACAUGCAUAUAUGGAUCUGAUGCUUGUUCU